CCCUCUGACCCGCACAGCAGGUGCAGAGCGGCGGUGAUGGAGGAGGCGGUGCCCGGGCAGGUGGAGCCGCUGCCCCGGGAGCAGCCGCCGCCGCCGCCUCCGCCGCUACACUGCACAGCUGCUGGUUGUCAUGGAGGAGCAAAGAUGGCGGUCCUGGCCUACAGCCUGGGCAAACGCGAAAUAAACCAACACUUCACCAUCAAAAACGCCAAAGUGAUCUCGCUGACGGUCGUGCUGCUGCUGCUGCUGUUCCACGCAGCCUCGCGGUAUCAUGGAGGCGGAGACUCAUGUGAAUGGCUGCUGUCCAGAGGACGCUACUUGGGGGAGAACGUAUGGCAGCCUUAUGGCUGCAUGAUGCACAAAUACAAAAGCAUUGAGGCCAAAACCUGCCUUGCUGAUAAGCGGGUGGCCUUUGUUGGUGAUUCACGAAUCAGGCAGCUAUUUUACUCCUUCGUCAAAAUUAUAGACCCUGAAAGAAGAGAGGAUGGAAACAAGCAUGAGGACAUUUCCUUUGAAGAAGAGAGUUCCUCUGUGAAUGUGGACUUCCUGUGGUAUCCAGAGGCAAAUAAUUCAAUGAAGGAGCGCUUGAUAUCAUGGACACACGAAGCUUCAGUAAAGCCAGAUGUUGUCAUCCUUGGAGCUGCCACUUGGUCCAUCAAGUUGCACAGUGGCAGCAGCGAGACCCUGCAGCAGUACAAAGUGAACCUGACGGCCAUCGCUCUGCAUCUCGAGAGGCUGGCUGACCAUGGAGAGGUCUACUGGGUGCUGCAAGACCCAGUUAAUGAGGAGGUGCUGAGUGAGAACAGGAAAAUGAUCACCAACCAACAGCUCGAGCUGUACAACGAAGCGGCAGCAAACGUGCUCAACAGCAGCAAGCGUAGCGGCAGGUCCCGGGUCAAGCUGUUGGCUGCGUCCCGUCAGGCAGCACUGGAAACCAUCGCCCAGUCAGACGAUGGCCUGCACCUGCCUGAAAGCACCAGGAACGUGGGGGCCAUGGUGCUCAUAAACUCCGUGUGCAACAAGCUACUGAGGCCAAUCGACGGCUCCUGCUGCCAAACGUUACCACCCCCCAACUUCCUGCAGAAAAUGUCAGCGUGUUUCUUCCUGGGCUCGGCCCUGGUCUUCCUGGUUCUCCACGUCCUUGGCAACAACCGCCACCGCCGACCUGUGCCCCCUGAUGUGGAGAGCCUCGAGGAGAAGAAGCCAGCGACUGCAGCUGUCCCCUUCGGUCCAAAGGCGCCCUUCCAUGCUCUCUGCAGGAUGGGCGUCAUUAUGGCCUAUUUUUACCUUUGUGACAGAGCAGAUGUGUUCAUGAAGGAGCAGAAGUUCUACACACACUCCAAGUUCUUCAUUCCUCUCAUCUAUAUAUUUGUGUUGGGAGUGUUUUACAGUGAGAACGGCAAGGAGACCAAAUUACUCAACCGAGAGCAAACAGAGGAGUGGAAAGGCUGGAUGCAGCUUGUUAUCCUCAUCUAUCACAUAUCCGGUGCCAGUGCUUUCAUUCCAGUGUACAUGCACGUGCGGGUGCUGGUGGCAGCGUACCUGUUUCAGACCGGCUAUGGACACUUCUCCUUUUUCUGGCUGAAAGGAGACUUUGGACUGUAUAGAGUGUGCCAUGUGCUUUUCCGUCUAAACUUCCUGGUAUUGGUGCUGUGUGUUGUAAUGGACAGACCCUAUCAGUUCUAUUACUUCGUCCCACUGGUCACCUUCUGGUUCGUCGUCAUCUACGCCACGCUGGGCAUGUGGCCCCAGAUCCUUCAGAAGAAAGCCAACAACAGUGGCAUAUGGCACCUUGGGGUUUUGGUGAAGUUACUGGGCCUCCUGUUGUUCAUAUGCUUCUUUGCCUUUUCACAGGGUUUCUUUGAGAGCAUCUUCUCCAUGUGGCCCAUCUCCAAGUUCUUUGAGUUGAACGGAAGCAUCCACGAGUGGUGGUUCAGAUGGAAGCUGGACCGAUUUGCAGUGAUCCACGGCAUGUUAUUCGCCUUCGUCUAUCUGGUACUGCAGAAGCUUCAGGUGCUGUCAGAGGGAAAAGGAGAUGCUCUGUUCUCUGGCAGGAUCUCCAACCUGCUUCUCUUCCUCUCUAUCGUCUCCUUCAUAACUUACUCAAUAUGGGCCAGCAGCUGCAAAACCAAAACCGAGUGCAAUGAGAUGCAUCCUUACAUCUCUGUGGUCCAGAUUCUGGCCUUCAUUCUUAUCAGGAACAUUCCUGGCUACGCCCGAUCUAUAUAUAGCUCCUUCUUUGCAUGGUUCGGAAAGAUCUCCUUGGAGCUGUUCAUAUGCCAGUAUCACAUCUGGCUGGCAGCAGACACCAAGGGAAUUUUGGUCCUGAUUCCGGGGAACCCUUCACUCAACAUCAUGGUCAGCACCUUCAUCUUUGUCUGUGUGGCUCAUGAGAUUUCCCUCAUCACCAACGACCUGGCCCAGGUGGUCAUCCCCAAAGACAGCGUGGCCCUGCUGAAGAGGCUGGGGGCCGUGGGGCUCUUCAGUCUGGUUGUGCUGCUGCUUGCCAGGGGCAGCCAGUCCACUCCUAGCCCCUGAUGGGACUGCUUUUGAUGGAGAGGGCUUAGCGCUUGGUAACCCACUAAGCCUUCUGCUGAGACUGAGGUGAGGUGCAGAUGCAAGCCAGGAGCUGGCCCGGGGCUCGAGGCUAGUGGUGCCCACACGAGACAGUGUCAGCAGUGGUAGCUCAAAAAACACACGGGAGAUCAGAUUCUUACUGCUUGCUGUGUUUGAGCAGAAUCUGUACUUUUUUUGACUGCUGUGAAAGUCGCACACUGAAGAAAAGAAAAAUGCCCAGAAAAUGGAGGGGACUGCUUCUUUUUAAGGGCAAAAACCACCAGAGAGAAAAAAAGAACAAAAAAAGUUUACAUUUUCUGCUUUCAACAGAAGAGCAGAGGAAGAGUUUUUAUUCAGAACUAAAAGAGGUCCUCUCAUUUCAAGACCCUCGUGCUUGCCGUGCGAUUUUUUUUUUUUUUGCAGCGUAUUGCUUCUAUUUAGCCAAACAAAAAAACAGGCUUAUUUUGUCACUUAACAGUACUUCCUGUCAUUACUUCAAUCUGGAAGGGAUCACUAGACACAAACUCCGUCCACGUGGCAGUCGCAGCUGAAGUGUUCUUUGCUCAGGUGGAUCCAUAAUCCACAUAUUCAGAUAUCUACACUCAUAGGAUUCAAAUGUUCAGUUAUGCUGCAUUCACUGAUCAGCAGCGCUUUGUACAGUAUUUUCAGUGACUUUAAAAUAGUGUGAGAUAUCUAAAUAUGCAAAAUAUGGAAAAAAAAACAUUUGAGUAAAAAAAUAAUAAUAAUUGAGCGCAAUUGUGGAAAUGUUGGAAUAUCCCUCAACAUAUUUUUGCUAUUGUUUUUGUGAGUUAUUUUAAAAAGCGUUUGCCUGGUACUGUGGUCACCUGCGAUAGCCCUGAAAUUCUAUGUUUUAUGUACAGUAUUUAAUGAUUUAAAUUAAGCUUAUAUUUUAUACAAUGUUCUUUUUUUUUUUUUUGCUUUGUUUUUUUUCUCACGCCCAUGACUGCUGUUUGUAAAGGAAGUAUUACAUUGAUCAUUUUCUACUGCCUCAGAUACACACCACAGAGAUUGAGCCAUUACAGUCCUCUCCCCCCCUCUGUCCUAUUAGCAGCUGACUUCUGAGUCUGUGUAUAUUUGUACGAUAGAGUGAGAUAUUUAUUUUCUACAGUCAGGCUUCAUCAGUGUUUUUAGUCCAUUAAAAACAUGCCUCAUAGCUCUGUUGGAAAAUGCUGGGUUGCACAUAUUAUUGUACAAUAGGGCUAAAAGCUGACUAUUCACACACACCCCCCACCCCCCUCUGCUGCCACAGCCGGUGAACUCUUUGGUCAGCGAACAAGCGAUUUGUUGAGACUGAAUGCCUUUCGAACGUACAGCUUUUUCUCAGUGGCUUAUACACAUGGCACAUCUCCAGAUGUGCGUCAUCACACCUGCGAUGUAGCCUGGGAUCACUUCACACUUUGCAUCAGGGCCACAUCAACAUUUAAAAACACAGCUACUUUGUAAUGCACUGACUGAGCUGAGGAGACGUAUUAUUACGUCAAAGAGAAAUCUUUUUAAUUUCGUCAUCUGACAAAUGGUCUGUGUCACUGCGUAUUUAACUUCACAGACGUUUAAAGGUCCAGUGUGUAAUAUUUAGGUGAAAGGGAUCUAAUGGCAGAAAUAUAAUGUAGAAUAACCCUCAUGAUGUUUUCACUAGUUCGUUUCAUCUAAAUUGUAUGAAUUAUAGUUUUCUUAACCCGAGAAAAGGCCCUUUAUAUUGAAAUACUUUAUAUUUACAUUGAGGGGGUCCUCUACGGAGGCCGCCAUGUUUUUUACAUUAGUCCAGACUGGACAAACUAAACACCUUUUGAGUUUUUAUGACAACUGAAGCUGCCACAGGUUUUUUUUCAUGUUUGGAAGGGGAGGGUGAGAUGAGGGGUGUUCAGCUGCAACAUGAAAUUUCAACACUAGAUAUCACAAAAUUCUACACACUGUACCUUUAAGAGAGAUUAGCACUUUCAUUAUUAGGCCUGGGUUUUUCGUCUCAUCUCAAACAUUUUUACUGGAGAAAUCUAAUGCUAAGUUAAGAUGAUUUGGCAGAAAAGAAAUGAGAAUAUUGUAAGAUCCAAGCGGUCUUGCAUAAGAAUUUAAAGUUGCAUAUUAUAAAGAACAACUGAUGAGGAUUAUUGGGUAAAAAAGUUUGUAUAUCAUUAUAUCGGCUGAUACAUGUAUAUAAAAUAUUUAAGCCCUUGUUUUCACGUUUUAAAAAUGCAAUUCUGCACUGACAAUAACUAUAAAAAAACAAAUACAAUCAAUUAUAAAACACUUUACUAAAUAGUAAACAUAAAUGCACUUUUCUGCUUUGUUUAUUCAGUCAAAAUUGAAAAUUCAAAUUGCCACAUACUGCCAAAAAAUGACCACAACUGAAGUGUGUGAAGGGCUCCUAUCUGCUCAUGAUCAGACAAUUGCUUUUAUUGGUUGGGCUCCAGAUGAUUUUUUUUUUUACAGUGUGGUAGUUAAUGAUCGCAGUAUCAGUUGUUGUCUACACAUUUAUGUAGCUUCCCUUAUAAAAAAAAAAAAAAAAAAAAAAGUGUCUCACAACUACAGAUCUCAAGGUCGCUCCCGUCAUGGAUCUGAUUGUGUACAGGUUGUGUUGUUAGCCAAGCGCCAAGUCAAUUUGUAAUUUGUUUCACGUCCUUGUAUAGAUGAGACUGGCAUUUCCAUGCUGCAAUUUCCUUUUUAUGUGUAAAGUUUACUGAUCUGUUCUCCCGUCUAUAACCGAUGAACAGCUAUAUAUUUGGUAAAUUGUUUCAGGCCUUAAUGGAUCUCUUUGGUCGUGUAAAAGCAACAACUAUUUAUACCCCAGUGCAGGGCCUGUUACAUUCUUUUGUGAUGUCUUCAAAAAAAAUGUGAAAUAUAUCCACAUUAUUUAUAAAUGCCUUUAUUCUGUU